GUAGUGAGGCUUUGACGUCAGCACGUCUGUUUCCACUGAAACUCAAUUGGAAGUGAAGUGCUGUGAAACUGACCAAGUGGGAUCUUGAGCUAGGCUUUGAUUAAGAGGGAAGGAAAAGGGAGAUUUGGAUUUUGAUCGUUACUUCCUGACAAGGGGGUCCAGCGGCUUUGUUGGGAGUCUAGUUACUUCUCUGGUGGCAAGUCUGUAACUUUGUCUGAUAGGAGCCGGGGGUUUGCUCUGGGUUACAAAGUAUCGAGCUCCGAUGUAACAAUGUUGUCGAACGUUGCGACAGCCCGGGAUCCGCAACAAGGUAACCAGAUCCCAGAGCCGCCGCCUCCGGCUUCCCUCUACCCUCCUCCCCAAGCUCCUUUCCAGCUACAGAGAACCGGCGCUCAGACCAAGAAAAACGCCAUCACUGACGACUACAAGGUCACGGCGCAGGUUCUGGGACUGGGCAUCAAUGGCAAAGUUUUGGAAUGUUUCAGCAAGAAAACCCAGGAGAAAUUUGCCCUGAAGAUGUUGCAGGACUGUCCGAAAGCCCGACGAGAAGUCGACCUACACUGGCGAGCAUCUGGUUGUACUCAUAUUGUCCGAAUUGUAGAUGUCUACGAGAAUCUGUAUCAGGGAAGGAAGUGCCUACUGAUAGUGAUGGAAUGUAUGGAAGGAGGGGAGCUGUUCAGCAGAAUCCAGGACAGAGGGGAUCAAGCAUUCACAGAGAGAGAGGCUUCUGAAAUCAUGAAAAGUAUUGGAGAAGCAGUACAGCACCUACAUUCAGUGAACAUUGCACAUCGAGAUGUGAAGCCAGAAAAUCUGUUGUACACCACCAAAAGACCCAAUGCUAUUCUGAAACUAACAGAUUUUGGUUUUGCCAAAGAAACCACCAGCUUCAAUUCGUUAGCUACCCCUUGCUACACACCAUAUUAUGUUGCUCCUGAGGUUCUUGGGCCUGAAAAGUAUGACAAAUCCUGUGAUAUGUGGUCCUUGGGUGUAAUAAUGUACAUACUGUUGUGUGGAUAUCCCCCAUUCUACUCUAACCAUGGACUGGCCAUCUCACCUGGAAUGAAGAAGCGAAUCCGAAUGGGACAAUAUGAAUUCCCAAAUCCAGAAUGGUCAGAAGUAUCCGAGGAAGCCAAACAACUAAUCCGAGAACUCCUAAAGACUGAGCCAACACAACGCAUGACCAUCUUGGAAUUUAUGAACCAUCCUUGGAUUAAUCAAUCAAUGCAGGUACCGCAGACACCUCUUCACACCAGUAGAGUUCUGAAAGAAGAGAAGGAUUUAUGGGAAGAUGUAAAGGAGGAAAUGACUAGUGCCUUGGCAACCAUGAGGGUUGACUACGAACAAAUCAAAAUCAAAAAGAUAGAAGAGUCUUGCAAUCCCUUGCUGAUAAAAAGGAGAAAGAAGGCCUUAACUGCCCCAACUCCAGCCAACCACUGAAAAACAACAUGGGAAGUGUGCCAAAUUAUUUUUAGAAAGUUCUUUUUAAAUGUCGCAUGAAGUUCAGAAAUGUUUGAUCGGUUGGCUUUUUGGAUUAUUUUUAAAGGUUUACUUUACUUCUGCCUCUUGGUCUGAGGUGAACACUCUGUCAUGAUACUACUAGUCCAACGUGCGACCAGGUCUUUAAACUGAUGUCAAAGGAUGGGGGAGGGGCAGGAGAACGUGAUGGCAUCGAAUAAAGGUCACCUUGUGAGUUUUGUGAAAGGUUGACUCGAUGUUUCCAACUUGAUAUUCCUUUCUGAUUGUGUCAUUCUGUGUCACGCUUAUUUCCAAGAAAUUUCAUUCAUGCCAUCUUUCAGUUUGUCUUAUUUUGGAGCUCUAUUUGAUUACUUUAAAGCCAUCUUAGUUUCAUGGGAUUAAAAUGUGAUUUUAAAAGAUCAAGUUAUUCAUUAUAGUUGAACUUUUUAUGCUAAAAGCUGUAUUGUUAAAAGCUUGCAUUAGUUUUUUUUCAUGGAUAUUUGAACAAAUCCACAAAAUCAGUGGAACACCCCAUGAACGAAGCAGGUUUUACAGUAUUCACAAUUCAAAUGUAGGCUUUUUACAUAAAUUUUAUAUGACAAUUUCAGAUGUUCAGACAUGAUGGUUUGAAUGGCCUCCUGUACUGUAAAAUUCUAUCUUUCUAUAUAGUGUAUGCUGAGUUUUGGAGUUCAAUUAUUUGAUCAUAUCUUGACUGAAUUAGUACAUCAUACUUUAUUUUAAUCAGCCUGUUUGGACAUGCUAUGAUACACAUCCAAGACAGAUAUGGUUUGAACCCAGACCUCCUGUGUCAGAGACAGGGACAUUACCACUGUGCCACAAGAGCCAUGGUAGUAAAUUAUAAAAUGUGUGUAAUGCCGCUACUUAGUUCCAACAUGGUUAGAUUCUUUCCUUUGCUUUGCCAAAAUGAUCCUUAAGAUUAAUUUGGAUACUGUUGAAGUUUGAACAAUUACUGUGAUUAAUGUCUGAGUGCAUCCCAGCAGCUACCUAAUUCUCAUUAUGUCUGCACAUUAGGCAAUGCUAGUAACAUAUUAUCACUGGCAGGCAUAAGUUAAGACUGGGGAUCUAAUCUUUACAAGAUCUUUACUCUACCUGCCUUGGUACCGAGUAAUUGUUACUGAUGAGUCCCUGCUUAUCCUCUGGGAUAAGUAAUAUUCCAUGCUCAGUGGCAUGAGUCAACGAUGCAGGCAAAAGCCUUCAGAACAGUUCCCCCUACCAGUAUCAGAAUGAUGUAUUUACCCAGAUGCAUCACUGUGAGAUUGUAUAAUCGGCUAAAAUCUCUUGCAUCUAGAAUUUGAAAUAACCUCUUGCUUCGCAGCAUGUACCCAGUUAAAAUUCCCAAACAGAGGCAGCUGCAAGACAUUCAAAGAAAGUAAAUGCACAAUUCUUAAAAAAAAUGUUAAAUUCUGAUCGAGCUGAUUCAUGGAAUCCAAAGGUGUUUGUCUAUCUGUUCAUAUUUCUGAUGAAUAUUUGUUUAAGUCAUUUAUAUUUUGGCAGUUAGCCUUUGUGGUGGAUUACAGGAUCAAAUGUUUGAAGUCAAUUGUACAGACUUGUUGGCAAAUUGUUCUAUAGUAAAUUGUAUUUUAGAAGUAAAGAGACAACAUGCUUUUCAGUCUUUGUGAGAAACGUAUUUUUGUUUGUAUGGGCAGAGUCAAGAGUUGAAUUUUCUGCAGCAUUAUCUGUCAUCUUAGGCCAAUGUUAUGACAAGUUUUUGUUCAUGUAUCCUUUCAUGGAGUAGGGUACUGGUCUGAAAAUGCUGCUCUGAUGAUUUGAUUAAAUGAGGAAUAAUAUUUUGUAAUUUCCUUAAUGUAAAGAGCAAGUAUAUUAUGACCAUUUUUACCACAAUACUUUAGAAACACUGUCCAAUUUUGAUAAAAUGAUAAACUUCUAAUAUUGCAUUUUUCUUAAGAUGCUUGUUAAAGAAAUUCACAUCCAAUUCUGGAUAGCAUGUUUGGCCAAAUGAAGAGCUUGAAAUUCUAGUUUGGAUGUUAUGGUACUAUUAAAGCACAAUGACAUCAAUGCAAAGCACCAUGGCAACACACAUCAUGUUUAUCCAAUCUGCCACUGUGUUAACAAAUCAUGUGGUACCUUCAGAUCAUUUGGAAUACAGUUCAUUUUUGACCACUCAUUUGAACCUUUCUAAAAUUUGCUCAAUGGAAGCAACCAUUACCACCAAAGGAAGGGUUACUCCAUCAUCCUUUUCCCUCAGACUUUUCAAAUUAGGUUAUUAAUAAAUAUUAUUGUAAAUAUUUCUACUUACAAUAAAUGCAUUUUUUAAGCAAAAAGAACGUGGGUGGACACAAUUUCAUGAACUUCUUAACUGGCAUUCAUUAUUGAAAGGUGGAGAGAGAUUGAGCAUUGUGGCUCGCUGCCUUAGGAAUGCCAUUUGCUGCACCUAUCCCCAAUGGCCACAGCAUACUAGAAAGAGUGAAGUGGUGAAUGGUAACUAUCAAGAUGUGCAUUCAUAAAUUUGCUUUAAAAAGAGAAGCUUUAACCUCUUAAAACUCAAGUUUUAGCAUUUGUUUUUUAAAAAGAGACUGUGCCAAAUAAUAUAAAGCUAUAGUAGUUAACUUUAUGUUUGGCUAAUCUGAUUGACAUGCAGCCAUACAUGGCCUCACCUUAUCACAGUUUCAUCUGUAUUUAAGCCACAUUUGGCAAUUUUUUUUAAACAACUUAAAAAUAUGCAAACAAUAUUUUCCAAGGCAAGGCUGUUCUUUUUAGCUGAGGCGACCUAUAUAUUCGAUUAUAGCCCAUCAACUUCAUUUUUGCCUUUAAAGCAAAUAACCACCUCCAUGUGAUCAAUUUAGUUUAGCAUUGGGAGGUCCAGAAGUAAUGCCUGGUAUUACAGGAUCCUUAUUAAGACUCAAGGUGUUCUAUGUAUUCUGGAAUUUCUGUAAAUUUCCACAUCUUGUGUGGACUUAGUUGGAGAACAGUUCACAUCUCUUAGAAUACAGGAACAAAACCAGAAGCCAUAAUCAGAUAUUAAAUGACUCCAAGAACUGGAAAUCCAUAUUUCUGCAGUAAUAGGUUGAACUAUGGAAAGGAAUAAAAUAAUUGAGUGUUGCAAUUUUUGGGAAAAUUGGAAUUUAUGUAGUAAAACACCCACCAACUAUAAGACUAACUUUUUGAAGGGUUGAAGUAUAGCCAAUACUUAUUAACUAAAUACUUCACUCACCACAAAAUAUGUUCACCUAUCAGAAACAUAUCCCGUGCAAACCUGAUAGUUUACAGCCAAGACAAGACAGAUUCCAAUCUCAAUGGGAAUGAAUUAGUGUUGAGGAAUUAUUUCUGCCAUCUGCAGCAGUAAGCAUGUGUUAUCUGUUUUCUACAUGCAUCUUUGGACUGGUGCCAGAAAAGCCAUAGACAGGAUGGUCAUUCACAAAUGUAUUGCAGGACCUGUCAGCUGGUGGGGCUGGUAUGAACUAGCAGCAAAGGAUUCACAAGAAAAUUUUAAGUCUGCUGUCUAGUUAUGUUCUGUUACAGAUAUAAAUUCAGUUUUAUCCUUACAAUCGCACACCAAAGAUUUGCUGAUUGCUUAAAGUAUUCACUUAAACUUUGUUUGCCAAAUUGCAAACACAAAUAGCACCAAGUUACAGUAUCUUCCAAGACAUUCUUUCAGAUCUAAUCUUCAGCUCUGAUCUUUCAGUAGGUUUUAAAUCCUGAGCACUAAAUUUUAUAAAUAGAAACCAAGCUAAAGUAGUUAGUAAUUUUAGAAAAGGUAGUGCCUGUUUUCUGUGGGGGAAACAAACCAUUUGCAGUUCUCCAAAACCUUCAAAGAAGAUUCAGCCCCCUCUCUUAAACCUAAUCUUCCUUAUUCCUAUGCUGCACAGUGCAAAAUGGGAGGAUAACAUCAAAAUCACGGAGGGUGCAUCAAACAUUAUGGUGUUCAAUUGAUGCAUACACGUAAAUGUGGUUUGGGUGCAAAGGUGAAGGGGGAAUGGGUAGAAAGUACUUUGGGAUUUUUGGUUUACUUCAUACCAAGGAGUUUUCUGCACUUGAGAAUGGGUAAGAAGACCACUGGGUCACCAAGCACUGAGAGAAUAGUCAAGGGAAAUCAACUUCAAAGAAGCUGUGAAUCAGGGUCAUUUAAUGAGCCCAGACUCUGAGGAAGCCUUGUUAGAAUCUGAAUUUGUCAGAAAACUCUACAUUGCAGCAGUUUUCUUCUAAAGCAUUCUGAAUGUGUUAUUGACACAAAAAACUAACUCCAUUUCUUGAUAAAAUUAAAAAGACUUUUUUUUUACCACACCUUGCUGUCCUGCUAAAAGCUGUACAAGGCAAUUUCACACUGUCGGGUUCCUGAAACACUGCAGCGCUUCAAAUUAAUUAGCCAAAUGAAGCCCACUUUAUAACCAUCAACCCAGCAUACAGCACUCUAAAUGUGAGGGGCAACAAAGUGUAAAUGUCCGCGAGGGCAUGUUUAGGAACUAUGUGGAAAACUUAUUAAAUCCGCACGUUGUGUGUGAAAGAAACCUCAAAACAACACUAGAUGACUGGAACAACCGAGCAGUAGUUCAGAUGUUUAAAAGAAAACAAGUUGUGAAUAUUUCUGGGAAAUAAUCUCCAUGUGACAAGUCCACUUAGCAUUUAUGACUCACCAAUCCUUGCACUUUAGCGACUUUUCCAAUUCCUCUUGCUUUAUGGGAUGCCCUGCGGUCCAUCAAAGUGGGCUGUCCACUGCCUCAUUGGCCUGAGGAGUUGGCAGAUUUUGGGGAGCAUCUCUUGCAAUGCCCAAAUAAAUUCAACUUGCGCUUUCAUGUGAGCCUGAGCCAGUGAGGUUAGUACAGUAAUCUGCAGUUUUCAUUUUGGGGCUGCAAUAUCAGCUCCAUGUUACCAAAUUAUCUUGUCUGCGGGGGCUGGGGGUGUAGGGAUUGUAAUUCUUUGCACUUGCUUAUGUGUGGGUCUCUUACAGUUGGAAAUUGCUCCUGUCAAAUACCUGUGCUAAGUGAAAAUGACUCUUCCAAUCAUUGUGUUAAACAUAUCGGUAUCAAAUGUGAUCACAUUCUGAGCCAAUACUUUGCGCAUUUUUCCCUCGUUCUUGCUUGCUUUAAUUUUCUCACAUAUGUGCACAAGCCCUAAGUGCUGAUCUAUAUAAUAGUUUAGUUUUAUAAACAGAGCUUGUAUAUAGCAUGAAAAUGCCGCAUAGGCUACACACAAAAAAAAACUUUGGAAAGUACAGAGGUUUCACUUGGGAAGACCUACAUUCACUGAGUCUAGGACCAGCUUGACCAUCAUGAGUUGGACCAUGUGUGUCUCUGAUAGGGACCUGCAAUCAUGAUUUACACUAAAUUCACUCACUCUUAUUGUACUGUCUCCAGUUUACAUUUUCAGAUUUGUUACACAGAUUCAAGCUUUGCCAGAAAGUCAAACCAAGAUUAUAGCAAACAAAAACUGCUGUGAGAAAGUGUAGGCUCUUUUCACCAAAAUGUCUCGAGCCCCCAUUGUAAAGCUGGCCCACUUGGUGUGGAUCAGCCUGUUUUGUCUCAAAUCCUCAUUCACACUUACCCUUUGGCUGGGUACUUGUCCUCACCCCUCCUUGCUCCCUCUCUGGGUUUGGUUGGUUAAAACUGGGGUUCUCUUGUUGGCCUGAGAGUGGUCCUGAUCAGUGUUUGUUUCUCUAAGCUUUUGUUUCCAAAUCUGAUAAGUCAGGUAUCCAUAUUUUGGGCAUGCUGUAUAUUGACCUGUGCUCAUUUCAAACAACAAACCCUGAAAUUUGAUUGCAUUGUCCAGUUUUAUUCUUUCAAUGUAAAAUGUGUGUGAGGUAUUUUUCACUACAUCUAUCAAAUCACAUGGAGGGGUGGGGAUAAUUUUUCCUUUGUUUUAUUUACUAUUUUAGACAGAUUUGGCAUGUCAUGUGUUACAUUCAUUGAUUGUAUCCCAUUGUAUUCAAAACCACCACCUUCAGCAAUUAAAAGUUUAUAUUUAUUCAA